CUUCAAACAAGUUCGAACUCAUUUUUCGGUUAUGUUAAUCAAAACUGUUGCUGUUGCUGCUAAUGUUCAUCAGUUUGAUCACUUCUGUUUUGUCUGUUGAGGUGUUCAGUAGCAGAAAAAGCAGCGACAGAGAAAUAUCAUUAUAAAAUGUGGAAGGUUUCAGUGUUUAUCACAUUGUGUUGUCUAUUUAUUGGUACUGCACAUGCAGCAUCAAUCGAUUGUAACAUUGAUGAGUGUAGGAAACCGAUGAAAAUUUAUGAGGAGCUUGGAUGUAAGCCGAUUUAUGGAUCUAAAUCAUGCUGUCCAAAGAGAUUCGAAUGUCCUGACGACAUGAAGGUUGUAAAGGAUGAGAACAAAUGCACAUUUGAGGGCAUCGACUAUAAAAUUGGAGAAGUUUUGCCACGGAAUUCGACCACCGAAUCAAAGUGUGUCGAAGCAUGUAUAUGUUCAAGAUAUGAAGAGGAACCAGCCAAGUUUUUAUGUACAAAUAGUGAUUGUGGCAUUUCUAGCUUUAAAGUGCCGGGCUGUAUAAACAUUUAUGGCGAUUUGAAUGAAUGUUGCUCAACAUCAAUUGUUUGCGACGACGAAGAGAAGGAGAAACUAGCAACAUGCUGGGAUAAAGAAGUGGAAUAUCAUGAAGGAGAGAAAUUCAUAUCAAAAUCAAAUCCUUGUUAUGAGUGUCUUUGUCAUAAAGAUUUCGAUAAUACAACAAUUAUUGAGAAGAAUUCACAUUGUCAUAAGUUAAAUUGUGAAAUCGAAUUGAAAUAUAAAUCUUUCAUCCAACGUGGAUGCUUGCCAAUUUUCGAGAAUGACAAAUGCUGUCCCGUAGAUUGGAAAUGCUUUGAUUCUUCAAAAAAGAGUAAGAAAGUUGUUAAGAGAUCACCUGAUGAAGAUGAAGACUCGAGUGAUGAAAAUGAUUCGUCAGAGGACUCAUUUGAAGACGAUGAUGAUGACUCAGAAACUGUGGAAUUAAAAAUUCCAAUAAUUGCUGAACCUGCUAAAGUGACACCUCUAGAAAUUUCGCAAUUCCUGCCACCAUUUGAAUAUAAUUCAGAACCAAUUGUUAGCAAGGAAGACGAAAAUGUAAAGGAAACAACACCACAAAGUUCGACAACUGAGAAAGCUAUAAAAGACGAGGAAGAGGAAAAAGAAGUUAAAACUACUCAAAAAACUCUAGAAGAGACAACAUUAAGUUCCAGUUCUGAUGAAAUUACAACUCUUUCAUCUACAGAAGCUUCUCCAGUUUCUCAAGUAGUCACUGAAGCUGUCAAUGAUCCAACAACAAGCAAAAUAGAAACGACUGAGUCUGUGACAGAAGUAGAAUCGACGACACUGUCUACUGAGUCAACUACGGUAACUACAGAGAAAACAAAGAAAGAUGAAAGUGGCGAGGAAAGCGAUGAUGAGAGUUCUGAUGAAGAAAAUAUUUUUGGCGGUGAUUUGAAGAAAUCUGAUGCUGAGGAAGACAAAAGUGAAGUCUUGAUCUCAGAAGUGACUGAUAGUGACAUCACAACAGAAUUAGUUUCAAGCUCAACAGAAAUUAUUUCAGAAAGUACAACUCAGUCGUUAAGUUCAACAGAGGCUGUUUACGAGAGUACAACAGAAUCAAUCAAUGAAAUAUCAACAGAAGUACAAACUACAGUUGCAACAAUUGGUGACGAUUUCGAGAAAUCUUUAGACCAAUCUGAGGAUACAACAACAGAAGUUCCAGAAAUCAUUACAACAGAAUCUAAUAUUCCAACAGAAGCAAUAAAAUUAACAGAAGAAGCAAAAACAACAGAACCAACAUUUACAUCAUCAAAAGAUCAAGAGCUUACUCCACCAGUUCCAACAAAACUUGAUAUGUUAUUGACAACACUUAAACAACUUCAGGAAUAUGUUUCAAAAUUAAGUAUGCUUACAACCACAAGAACAUCAGAAUCUGAGCCACCAGCAUCUUUUGUGAACUUUACAGUUUCAAGAUCAUUGCCAAUUACGGAAAAUAAUGAAGAGAAUUUGGCUGAAGAUGGAAUUGAUGUGAGAUCAAUCAGCAAACGAUCAGUAGAUCAAAAGUCUGUGUAUGUAAAGUUCUCAAAUAAAGAAAAAGGAUGUACAGUUGGUACACAACUCUACAGAAUUGGAGAUGAGAUUAAAACAGACGAUAAAUGCAUAACAUGCUACUGUAAUUACUCACCUAUUGGACAUUGUAUAAGAAAUGAAAAGUGUAAGAGCACAUAAAGUAGUUUGUAGAGUAAUAAACAUACAAGUAAGAUAAAGAUCUACAAAUAGUGAAUAAAAUUUUUUUUAUCCAAA